CACAAACUAUCCCGGUUAGCGCAAAGCCACCAGCAUGGAAGACUUGAAUCUUCUAAAGGAAUUUGUUUCCUAUUCGACAACAGUUGCUGAUAAUCAGCAGACACACUUAGAGGAUGCUACCCCAAGCAUCUUUGGCUCAAGCAGCAUCUUCAGAUGCACGGGGCCCAAAGCCGAGCGACCAGACCUGAGCUGCGACCUCAUCAUAAAAAACAGAGUGGAAUCACUCCUCAAGUCGGGUCAUGAAGCCAUGUCAAAGUCAGAGUUUGAGAAGGCUGUGGCAUGCUUCAACAAGGCAAUCACUCUGAAACCUAACGAGGUUCAAUUGCAUGCGGAUGUUGCAGAGGCUCGCCUUAAACUGAACGAUUUUCAGGCUGCCAUCAACAGUUACUCUGAGGCUUGCCGUCUCAGUCCAGAAGACAAGACUUUCCUACACCGCCUUGCGUAUGUCUACCACCUACAGGGCCAGUCUCUGUUUGACAAGGGAAUGUUUGUUGGAGCUCUUGAGUCCUUUACCAAAGCAUCCGAACUGAGACCUGAUUUUAGAUCCUAUCAGUACAAGAGCCUGGCAUGCCUGACUGCUUUGGGACGCUAUAGUGACAGUCUGAAGCUGGUCACCAGGUGGCUUGAAACGGAUGAGCAGACAGCCGACCUGUUCGUCCUCAAAGCACGUCUCCACAAGCAACUCAACCAGAUGUCACUGUGCCACCACAGCCUGAAGUCGGCCCUCCGGCUGAACCCCUCUUGUCCAGAGGGCCUGGGCCUGCAGGCGGUGCUGAGGGAGGUCGGGGAGGUGCUGAGGAGGCAGGCCGGCACCAAGGCCCUGGAGGGCAACCUGCAGCAGGCUCUGGUCAGGAUCAACUCGGCCGUGCAGUCCUGUCCAGAGGAGCCGUCCUACUACCUGUUCAGAGGGACAUUGCAGCGUCGGCUGAAGGACUUCACCACAGCCAUCAAGGAUCUAGUGGCCGCCAUCGAGCUGUGCGAGGCUCAGCAAGCAAGUGCGGCCGCUGCCACCGCCACUACCUCCGCCUCCGCCACCACCCUGCGUGGACCUGCAGCUUCUUCCACCACCAUCGAGCUGUGCGAGGCUCAGCAAGCAAGUGCGGCCGCUGCCACCGCCACCGCCGCUGCCACCUCAGCCUCCACCAUCUUGGGUGGACCCGCAGCUUCUCCCUCCUCUUCCACUACCAUCGAACCGUGCGGGGCUCAGCAAGCCAGCACCGCUCCCGCCACCGAUGUCACCAAUUCCACCCGGGGGGGCAAGAUCACCCCCGCCUCCUCCUCCUCCUCCUCCGCCGCCGUCAGCCUGGGUGAGAUCACCGCCACCCUGGGCAGGGAGACCGACGCUGCCAUCUCAGCCACCACCAGCGCCUAUUCCUUAGCAGCCACGCCGGACGAGAGGCAGGAAGGAAGUGUGGCGGUACAGGAAGAGGCCCACCUGCAGCUGGUGCUAACCUACAAUGACUUUGCGCUGCACUGCUUCUCCCACGGCUGCUACAAGGAGGCGGCCAUGCUGCUCAGCAGAGCCAUAGAGGACUACAGGGAUGAGAGCGGCCUCUUCAUCAACAGAGGAGAUUGCUUCUUUAAGCAGGGGGACCUGUGCUUUGCUCUGGCUGACUACCAACAGGCUGAGGAGUUGGACCCCCACAACCGAGCCAUUCACGCCCGCCUGGCUGUCACCCACAACUCCCUGGGCAUGCAGAGCCAAGCCAAUAGACAAUUCCAGGAGGCUUUGGAGCACUUUUCUCAAGCUGUCAAGUACAACCCUGGGGUCAGCCAGUACUACGAGAACCGAGGCCGAAUCUACAACCGAGAGCAGAAGCUGGAGGAGGCCAAGGAGGACGCCAUUCACGCCAUUCUGCUGGAUCCCACCAAUCGGCAGGUGGAGGCCCUUCUGCUGAGUCUGUUCCCAGGAUCCUCUCUGUCCCAGGUCCUGCGCUGUGAUAUGGUCCAGACACUGCGCUCGCAGCUCGCCGCCCGAAUUGAUGCCUCUAAACAGACAGUAACUCCUGUUUCGAGACUAGCUGAUUCGCUGGAGGGAUUGAAGAUUCUGGAUGGGACCGAGUGCCAAUCAGAAGGGAUUCGCGGUGACUCAGUCAAUGUAGACCAGCAAGCAGAUGCCUCGAAAGCGUGAGGUGGAGACUCGACACAUGGCUAUGCAAGACAACAACAACAACAACAACAACAACAUCAUCAACAACAACAAUACAGGCAACCCAAUAAAAGGCGAGUGCACAGCUGAAAUGAAUUACUGAAUUCACACACUGCCCGCCAAACACUGCACAG